AUGUUUUCAUUAAUAGAUUUAAUUUUCUAUUUUUUUGCAGUCCUAGUUAUUUUAUUCUGCAAACUUUCAACCAAUAAUAAUGACCAACAAACCCAACAACAACAACCACAACAAACCCAACAACAACAACAACAACAAACCCAACAACAACACCCACAACAAACCCAACAACAACACCCACAACACACCCCAACAACCCAUUAUAGUUUAGUUGAGGAUAUUGAUGAAAUAAUCCAACAACAACAACAACAACAUCAAUUUCAUUAUCAACAUCAAUAUCAACAUCAGCAUCAGCAUCAGCAUCAACAUCAACAUCAUCAACUACAACUACAAUAUACACCACACCCACACUCACAACCACAAAUUGUUCCAACAACCUAUUCUAAUUUUGAUGAGGAGUUAGAUCAAAAAAACAAACAACAACAAAAUCAUCAUCAACACCAAUAUCAAAAUCAUCAUCAUCAUCAUCAAGAUCAGCAUCAAAUUAAUCAUAAAAAAAGAACAAAUGACAUGGACACAAAACAAGAAAUAGAAAGAAGAUUUGAUGAAAUAGAAAAAAGAAGAAAUCAAAAUGAUAGUAAUAAUGGUCCAACUCUUUUAUUAACAAAUCACAGCAAAAAUGAACAAAUAAUAAAAAAUAAAAGAGAAAAAGAUGAAAAGAGACGAAAAGAAAAGGAAAGAAAAAGAAAAAUAGAAAUUGAAAAGAGAAGAAAAGAAAAAGAAAGGAAAAGACAAAAAGAAAUGGAAAAAGAAAAUAGAAAAAAGAGAAAAGAAAGGGAUAAAGAAGGAGAUUGA